AUUUUGGAACCUCUGUCUCUGCCAGAAAGUCCAGGUGGUGUUGCUGCUGUAGAAAGCUCUCCCCAUGUGCCUUGUAUUUUCUGCGAAGAAUGCUGUCUCUUAGCAGAACAAAACCAGCUUCUGAAGCACAUGAUUAUUGAACACAAGCUCGUCAUAGCAGAUGUGAAACUGGUUGCAGAUUUUAGAAGAUACGUCUUGUACUGGAAGAAGAGAUUUGCAGAACAGCCCAUCACAGACUUUUGUAGUGUGAUAAGAACAAAUUCAGAAGCUCCAUUAGAAGAACAGGACAAUUAUUUUCUUCUAUGUGAUGCUUUACCAGAAGACAGAUUACUUAGAGAACAGCUUCAGCAAAAGAGAUUGAGAGAAAUUCUAGAACAGCAACAGCAAGAGAGAUACGACACAAGUUUUCAUAGUAUGUGUAUGUUCUGUGAUCAAGAAUUCACAGGAAACAGAUCUGUCCUUCUCAAUCAUAUGGCAAGAGAGCAUGCUUUUAACAUUGGGCUGCCAGAUAACAUUGUGAAUUGCUAUGAGUUUUUGGCUGUAUUACAGGAGAAGCUCGACAAUUUGCAGUGUUUAUACUGUGAAAAAGUCUUCAGAGACAAAAACACACUAAAAGAUCACAUGAGAAAGAAGCAGCAUCGCAGAAUCAAUGCCAAAAACAAAGAAUACGACAAAUUUUAUAUCAUUAAUUACUUGGUAAGUGGUUCUGUGAAUAAUUAG